UGGGGAUGAGAAAUCUUCUAAUGGCCGAGUGGGUUGGACGCCACUCGAAUGAGGGGUUGAUGAGCCCCAAGCUAUCCGAGUGGGUGCCAAUUGAUACUUAACCAUAUUUUGCUAUGUAUGAGUGGCUCGGCAGGGGAGGAGAAACCUUCUGAUGACCAAGUGGGUUGGACACCACUCGGAUGAGGGGCUAAUGAGCCCCAAGCUGUCUGAGUGGGUGCCAAUUGAUACUUAGCCAUUUUUGACCAAUUAUAGAAGCGACUCGGCAAAUGAGAGAGGGUCCCCUUUGUCCGAGUUGGUUGGACGCCACCCGGAUGAGAGGCUAAUGAGCCCCAUGCUGUCCCAGUGGGUGCCACUUGGUACUUAGUCAUUUUUUGACUAAGUGUAAGAUCGACUCGGCAAAGGAGAGACAGUCCCCUUUGGCCGAGGGGAUAGGACGCCAGUCGGAUGAGGGGAUAAUGAGCCCCAUACUGUCCGAGUGGGUGCCACUUGGUACUUAGCUAUUUUUUUGACUAAGUGUAAGAGCGACCUGGCAAAGGAGAGAAGUUCCCCUUUGGCUGUGUGAUAGGACGCCACUUGGAUGAGGGGAUAAUGAGCCUCAUGAUGUCUAAGUGGGUGCCACUUGGUACUUAGUAAAAAAUGACUAAGUAUAGGAGCAACUCGUCGAAGGAGAGAGGGUCCCCUUUGGCCGAGUGGGUUGGACGCCACUCGGAUGAGAGGCUAAUGAGCUCCAGGCUGUCCUAGUGGGUGCCAAGUGGUAGUUGUUGUUUUGACCGAGUAAGUACAUCCGGCUCCAAGUGCCACUUGGCAGCCAGUAAUACUUGGGAUUGUAGGGUCCCUCCUGACGGUGGAGCUGACUGGGAGUUGUUGAGAACUUUUGAUGUUUCAUCUUCCCUGGACCAAGGCCUUUGGGUUAAAUAGGUCAAUUUGGGCUGCUUAAAGAAGACCAAUUAAGCGAUGCGUGGAGGUUUACGUUGCACGUCUCUCGAGGUAUGCCUAUAUAUAUGAGAAGGGGGAUAAGAUUUUGAUCAUUUGUCAUUCUCUCAAAUUCUCUCUCUAAAAAAUCUCCAACUUCUCUCUCUACUCCCGAUUCAAGUUCACUAGUUGCCUUCAUUCGCCCAGGUACACUUUUGAUUUUCCUUUAAGUUCAUUUCUUUUUCUUUCAAUAAUUCUCGAUCGACCCCCUUUGUAUAUAAAUAAUGGGGUGUUCGUCAGAGUCGGUGACCCUCCUUAACUUCGCCUCCUUAUAACUUGUCCAAGGAGGUAAGAGGGAUGGGAAUAACACUAGUGUCAACUUGAUAAUUUGUCCUCAUCCUUCUGCUGUACCCAACGCGAUCUCUCUCCCGAGUUCUCCAUCACAAGUGGAAGAGGAGGCCGAGGGCAUCGUUCGCAAUCCUCGGGAGGUGUCUCUAGCCUAUCCUUCUUUGAGGAGUUUCUUAGAUCGAUACUUGUCUGAUGGUGUAGUUCGGGAAGCUAUGUCGGGGGAGAAAGGCGAGACGUCAACUUCAGGCUGACUAGACUAUCCCGACCUAGAUCUGAGGGGAGGUCUAGGCUCAAAAUUACUCCUCCCUUCUUUGAUUAAGGCACUGAUGAACCCGAGGCCAAGCGGCGAGGUUCCAGGUAAAGGACCCGUAUCAUCUGGUCCGACCGAAGGCUUUCCACACAAUUUUGACUCUGCCUCCUGGAUGCGCAACCGCAUACUACAAUACAAUGGAGAUGGGCCUUCGAUUUCCUUUGACUCCUUUUGUCAAGGAUCUUUUGAACGUCUAUAAUCUGUCUCUGGGCCAGUUUUCGCCAACUCUUGAGGAGGCAUUUUGGCGGUGCAAUCCAUCUUUGAGACUAUUGGAGUAUUGUGACAUUGUGGUGUUACAUGUAUAAGUUGGUCGAGAUGAUUGCCGGCAAGCACGGGUCGGGUUGGUGGUGUUUUUAAGCUCAUAGGGUUAUCGGACCGUGCUGGAUCUCCCCACCUCCCAGAAAGGUUUUUGAUGGGGGUUUACUUUCAUCUAUUAUGGCAGAGAAUGGGGGUGCCGACUGUUCCACCGACGCCUUGGCCCAAUCACGCGCUUAACUUCCAAGUCCUUGAGCCGGAAGAUGAAGAGGCCGUUGCGGCCUGUUAUAUGCAGCUCGAGUCUAAGAUCGUGAACGGGGGGGGGGGGGAUAUUCUUGGCUGGCAAUUAGUUGCCCAGUUGUCGCCUUUUCAAGAGCGAACAUUUCCUUGCUGCAAUGGGACCGAGCCCGGCUUUUCCCAAGGGUAUUUUGGCCGAGGGGGUCCGGUCUAUAGAACUAACCCUUUCUUGAUUUUUUUCUAACAUUUUCCUUUUGUUUUGCAGAACCUUCACUCGCCUAUUUGACCGAGUCUGACCCACAGAUGGCCGAGCGAUUGACUUCUGCAGCUCUUAAGGCAGUUCGGAUUAGAGCCGAGUUGAGCGCCAAAGCUAUAAAGAAGCUUACUGCUCCUAAGGAUCCUGCCAAGCCGAAGGUGAAGAAGCGCAAGGAGCGCUCUGAGGAUAAGGUGGCUCAGACCGAGAUCAAGGCUCGGGCCGAGAAAGAGGCGGCUAAGAAGGCAAAGACGACCGCUUGAAUGAAGGUCAACAACCCCACAGUCGGCUCUAGGACUGAGGAAGCUGACCACCCCCUUCACUCGUCUAACUUCUGGCCUCGGGGAAGCCCCGGGUAUACGCCUCAGUCUCCUACCCCCGACCCAGCGAUAGGAGAUCAGAUUGCUGAGGCGGUCCUUGUCCAGUUUAUCGAGCUUCAGCGCUCAGAUAAGUAUAAGAGGCUGAAUGAGACCAUGAUGAUUAUAUGCACGAACACCGACCAGGAGCAUAUCAAUCAAACUCUAGGGAAGACCGAGACGAAUGAGCUUUAUCGCUCAUUGUUUGACUUCUCAAUCCGAAUAUCCAAUGUUGCGGAGAACCGACAAGCCUUGCACGAUGAGAUCGAAGAGCUGAAGCAAAAAUCCCUCAAGCAUUUCGACGAACUGAGCAAGACCGAGAACGGGAAGAGGAUUGCUGAGUCGAAGUUAGAUGACACUUUAAGGGACAUCAAAAGAGAUCAAGAUAACAUCGAGGCCGAACGAUUUUGGUGGGUGAAUGGCCAAAGCACACCUUAUUAUGGCGAGGAAUGAGGCCCUUAUUGCUAAGAGCGAUGCUGAGGCCCGAUUGGUCAAGGCAGAGCAGGACUUGGCCAAGGUUACCUUCAAGCUUAAGACGUUCGAGGCGAAUGCUGCAUUAUCGAGAAGAAGGCUACGUGAUCUAAAGAGCAGUGGUUCACUCAUUGGCAGACCACCCAAGGUUGCGACACAUAUAAUGCGGAGGUCGGCCAUGUGUCCCACAAUAUGGGUGAGGAUGAGGCCCUCGAGCGACUGAAGGGGGUGCUGGCCGAAACCUGCCCCUCGGUGGAAUGGAACGAGAUCUAGUCCAGGUAACAAGAUGCAUAUGAGGCCGAGGCGGCUGAGAUCCGGGCUAAGAUUGCCCUAGAGUAGGACGAGGUAGACGAGGAAGAUGAUAAUGAUGAUGCCGAGGCCCCAAAAGUUGCGGAUGCUGAUGCUGCGUCCAAGCUUCCUCCUAAUUCUUAGGUUUAUCUUUUCUGUACUUAGCUAAUGUAUCGCCGACAUAGCCGGCUUGCCUUUUGUAACCAAUCAGAUUCUUUAAUGAAU